AUGGCGCAGCCAACAACCGGCGGGACGUACAACACCAACCCGCUCAAGAAGUUUAAGCUGGUCUUCUUGGGCGAGCAGAGCGGUAUGCGCCAUUGCAUCCGUCAAGACGAUAUUGGGGCCAGCACUAACACGAUUGCGCCGAACAGUUGGCAAGACCUCGCUCAUCACACGCUUCAUACCAUGUACCUGGAGGACCGGACGGUGCGGUUACAGCUCUGGGAUACGGCCGGGCAGGAAAGGUUUAGGAGCUUGAUUCCUUCCUACAUUCGGGACUCGAGCGUGGCGGUGGUGGUCUACGACAUUUCAAACGCAAAGAGCUUCGAAAAUACGAGAAAAUGGAUCGACGACGUGCGCGCGGAGCGGGGCAACGACGUGAUCAUCGUGCUGGUCGGCAACAAGACCGAUUUGGCGGACAAGCGCGAGGUGACCACGCAGCAGGGCGAGGAGGAGGCGCGCCGCCAGGACCUCAUGUUCAUCGAGACAAGCGCCAAGCUGGGUCACAACGUCAAGACGCUCUUUAAGAGGAUAGCCCAGGCGCUACCCGGCAUGGAGGGCACCGAUGCCGCCGCCCAGGCUUCGAGCCAGAUGAUCGACGUCAAGACCCCGGCUACUCCGGCGCCUCAGGAGGGCUGCGCUUGCUGA